AUGUCCACGGUCAAAGUAGGAAAGAUUUUAGGCUGGAUAGGCUUCUUAUUACUCUUCCAUUCUGCAUAUUCUACUUAUGAACAUUUAUCUUACCUUAAAGCCGUUGAUAAAAUACCAAAUUAUAUGCCAAUAGAGAUUACGGUAGAAUGCCUUGUAUCUGUGUCAAUUUGUACUAUUGGUAUAAUUUUGGCUGCAGGCCCUUUGAAACCCAUUUUAAUUAAACAUGAGUUAGCAAAAAAGACUAUUGAUGAAAUUGACACACAUCCAUCUUUUAAUACCUUUAAUCAUCGAGGUAGACUAAUGAAAUGUUCUUGA